UGAUUUUAAAUCUUGAAAUUAAUGGCUAAUUAUUGUAUGAAUGAAUAAUGUACUAAGUAUAGUAUGUGUGAAUACGUAUUGUAAAUGUGUUUUCGUGAAAAAUUAAUUGCUGUAAUAUGAAAACAUUAGAAUACAAUUAGUAGCGUCUUCUGAGAAAUACUUGAAUCAAGUAUUUAAUUAUAGUAUCUAAUAUAGUAAUAUGUGUAUAUAUACAUUAAUAGAUUAAAAUUAAAACUUAUUCUACUGCUAUUGUGCACACAGAUAGUAACAGUAGACUUAUUAAUCAACUAUGAAUAAAUAAUAAAAUUAAGUAACAAUAUUUCAACAAUGGUUAGAGUGUUAAUGUUAUUAUAUGUAAUAAUAUUCAGCAUGUAUACAACGGAACAAACACACUUUUUGCAAGAAAAUUUCAUUACCAAAAUCAAUGAACAAGCAACUACGUGGAAGGCGGGUAUGAACUUUGACCCGAGUACGCCAAAAGAAUAUUUCCUAAAACUUUUGGGAUCUAAAAGAUUGCAAAUUCCAAACAAAAUUUAUAGUAAAAUGUACAAAAUUGAUGAUGAAGCUUACAACAGAUUACCCAACAAAAUUCCAAGUUACUUUGAUGCUAGGGAAAAAUGGAAACAUUGUAGUACAAUUGGAAAAGUCCGUGACCAAGGACAUUGUGGAUCGUGUUGGGCAUUUUCAACGAGCUCGGCAUUUGCUGACCGUUUGUGUGUAGCUACAAAUGGAGAUUUCAAUGAAUCGUUAUCCGCCGAAGAAAUCACUUUUUGCUGUCCUCCAUGUGGUGACGGAUGUAAUGGUGGUUAUCCUAUAAAGGCUUGGGAACACUUUGAGAAAUUCGGUCUGGUUACCGGAGGAGAUUACAAAUCCAGCGAGGGCUGUGAACCAUAUAGAGUGGCACCUUGUCCUUAUAACAAACAAGGCAACAGGACGUGCGCGAGUCAACCAAUUGAACCAAAUCAUAAAUGCGCGGAAAAGUGUUAUGGAAAUCAGGAUCUUGAUCUUGACCAAGAUCACAGAUACACACUUGACUACUACUACCUAACUUACGGUAUAAUCCAAAAGGACGUUAUGACUUACGGACCAAUUGAAAUGUCGUUUGAUGUAUAUGAUGAUUUCCUCAGUUACAAAUCAGGGGUUUACGUUAGAUCGAAAAAUGCUUCGUUCUUGGGAGGACAUUCCGUUAAGUUGAUCGGAUGGGGCGAAGAAAACGGAAUCCCUUAUUGGUUGUUGGUUAACUCGUGGAACUCACAAUGGGGUGAUAAAGGUCUCUUCAAAAUUCGAAGAGGCACAAACGAAUGUGGUAUCGAUAAUUCAACAACUGGUGGUGUACCUGCAGUAGCUAACUAUUAUAAUAACUGUCAUAAUAUUAUAUUUGAUGAUGAAAUAAAAUUAAUUUUAUUAUUAAAUGUUAUAUUCUUAUUAAUUUCUCAGUGAAUAUGAGAUUCUACAACAACAUAAUAUUUUAUUAAAU